UCGUAGAUAAAGAACCCAUCAAGUGCACUAAACUAGUCGUAAGUGCAACAAAAUGAAACUCAAACUCCUUUUAAUUCUUCUCUAUUUCACCAAAAUAAAAACGGCCGAUUCUGAAAACCUGAAAAAACCGGGCUUCUUGUACACCAUGCCAAAAGUGCUGCUCGCCGGCCGAAACGAAACCGCCUGUUUGUCCCUCCACUCCUCAUUUCUACCAAUCAAAAUCACCGUCGAUUUAAAAAUAAAACAGACACAUUUUUACACCAAUAGAAUCAUCGAUUCAGAACACUCGUGCUUCGAAAUUGGGGUGCCCCCAAGCCCCAAACCCGAGGCCCACUUUGCCAGCGUCAAGGUCCAAAUCGAGGCCCCCGGAGCCACCCUCACGGCCCACAACCAGGACCCCGUGGUGGUCCACCCCGACAACAAAAUCACCUUCAUCGAAACCGAUCGCAUGACAUACAAAUCCAAAGACAUUGUCAAAUUCAGAAUUUUGACAUUGGGGAAUGAUUUGCUCCCGAUUUUGGGGCACAAAAUACCCCUCGUCCGCAUGCGCAACCCCCUGGGGGCGGGGGUGGCCGUCUGGGAGAACGUCACCACGGAGCUGGGGCUCGCCCAUCUGGAGCACCAGCUGCCCCCCGACCCCAUCGAGGGCAAGUGGCGGCUGGAGGUGGGGGAAGAAGUGCGCGUUUUCGAAGUGGCCAAAUAUGUACUUCCCCGGUUCAAGGUUCAAAUAAUCCACCCCAAGACGAUUUACAUCGGGUCACGUGUCACAAUCAAAGUGUGUGGUCGUUACUCGUACGGAGAAAUGGUCAAAGGGAGUGCUUUUCUCCGUUUAUCGAGUAUUUUCCCCAAUUUCAGGACUUUUCAAUCGCUGAAAAAGAUGAGUAAUGGUUGCGGUGAGUUUGUGCUCACCCCCGAGGAUUUUUCCUACUUCAGUAUAAAAAAAUUAUUUCCUUUGAGUGAACCAAAAAUGAGCGUUUUGAUCACAGCCACCGUGACCGAACAAGGAACCAAUAAAAUCGAGUUGGCUGUGGCGAAAAGUGUGAUUUCGUUGCGUGGUUACAGUCUCAAAUUUGUGAAAAAACAAGCGAUGUUUUUACCAGGGUUGCCAUAUCAAGGUUUCGUCCAAUUGAAUAGCGUUAAUGUGGAUUUAAAGGGUCACGUGAUCGAAAUUUGUUACAACAUCGCGAUUAAAAAAAGCUGGAAUUAUUUAAAUAACGAACAAUGUCGCAAUUUCACGUUGCAAGGGACUGAAAAAUUCAUCCCGUUUCAUGUUUUACCCCUGAAAAAUAACGUCAUUCAUUUACAGUUAAAUGCACGAUCGCUGAAUUUCAGCAAUAUCAUUGAUAAUUUUCUCGUGGUGCGAUUAUUUUCCCCAAGUUUGACUUACAUAACAAUCGAUCAAAUUCACCAUUCGAAUGCGUGUAAAUCCGUUCAGCAAUUUGCGAUUCAAUACACCACUGAAAAACUGAAAGAACAUGAAAAUGUGACGUUUUUUUACAUGGUCAAGUCGCGAGGACACAUCUACAAAUUGAGGAAAAUCACGCAUAAUGUGAGGAAAUCCUCACCGAACUAUUUCAGCGAGUUUCAGGAUAUUCUAGGAACGGACCACAAACACACUAGAACUAGUUCUAUUGCUAAAUUCACGCUGAAAUUCAAACUAGACGAGAUUUUCAGCAACUAUCAACUGCUCAUUUAUUAUGUGAGUCCUGAAGGGGAACUGGCUUCAGCGGUUAAGGAAGUCGAAGUGGAGCCGUGCCUCAAAAACAAGGUCGAGGCAAACUGGUCCCACAAACACAUCGCUCCCGGCGCCACUGCCUCCCUACUAAUCGAGAGCAAAUCCGAGUCGCUUUGCUCGGUUAUAACCACCGACAAAGCGGUUACUUUCAUGGACGAUCUCCGUUUCUUGCACGUAAAAUCGCUCCUGAAACCGUUUCAGCAACCGAAAGAGACGCCAGAAUCGGGCAGAAAAUCCUGUAUACCACCCGUGAAAAAAAAUCGAGAAAAACGAUUCGUUUACCCAUUUUCGGAGGACUUUGACGCUUACGAUAUCUUCGAAAAGUUCGGAAUUGUGACAAUCACAAACUUCAAAAUCGUCACAAAGCCCUGUUACACAGGCCCGAUUCCGACAACUGAAGACCCAGUUUCAGUUUCGUCACUAACCGAUCAGUAUGACAUCCAAAAUGAGGACAACAUAACGCCGAUCAGGUCAUAUUUUCCUGAAACGUGGCUAUGGGAAAUUGUUCCAGUCAGGAGUGUGUCGGUAAUUCACCGCACUUUACCCCACACCAUCACGACAUGGACCACCAACGUGAUGUGUGUUUCGGCCACAGAGGGCGUUGGUUUUAGUAAAAUCACCGAAAUUACGACGUUUCGUCCCUUUUUCGUCGACAUUUUAACCCCCUAUUCGAUCAAAAGAGGCGAAACUUUAUAUUUACACGCAAUUAUCUUCAAUUAUCUCACUUACAACAUUCCGAUUCGCAUAACUUUGGGGACGAGUAAUGGCCUAAAACUGAUCGAAACGAAGAACCAAAAAAGCUUCUCUUAUUGCAUUUCGAGCAACAACACUGCAACACACAUCUUCGAAUUGAAGGGAAUUGAGGUUGGGGAUGUUAAUGUUACUGUGGUGGCAGAACUGGACCCGAAUUUCCCCGGCCAUUGCGGCCCAGAAAUAAUAAUCAAUAAAAGAGAUGUCGUUUUUAAAACACUCAAAGUGGAGCCUGAAGGAUACCCAAUUAUUACCACCAAAUCGGCCCUUUUGUGCGCCUCAGGUACAACACUAUACUCAACGACACGAAAAAAGUCACUUUUUUUAGGAAAUAUCACGUGGGCGCUGCAAAUCCCCUCUGACACUGUUGCCAAAACAGCCAAAUCAAUAUUACUCCUCAACGGUGACAUUUUAGGCCAAACAAUCCAAAAUUUGGACGACUUAAUUGCAAUGCCGACCGGAUGUGGUGAACAAAUCAUGGCCAACUUAGCCCCAAAUCUCUACAUUUUGAAAUACUUAAACGAGACGAAACAACUGUCAUCGAGUCUACGUCACAAAAUCGCGCGAAAUUUGAAAAUCGGUUAUCAGCGAAUUUUAAAUUAUAUUCACAAAGAUGGCUCAUUUUCAGCUUUCGGUUAUCACGAUCCUUCAGGUUCGAUGUUUUUGACAGCUUUUGUCGUCCGGACUUUACAACACAUGAAAAAAUUGAUUUAUGUCGAUCAGAAAAUAAUCGAGAGGGCUGUGUUAUGGAUUUUGAACCAUCAACUCGAAAAUGGUUGUUUUAGUACCAUGUCACACGUGUUUCAGGAUAUGGGCGGGACUAGUAGUGAGAAUAGUACAGCUGCACUCACCGCCUACGUGAUAAUAAGCCUCCUAGAUGGUGAUAUUCAGAUUCCUGAAAAUGUGAAAACAAAUGCAAAAUAUUGCAUAAGAGGGUACUAUGAUCUUGAUAGGUACACUUUAGCGAUCAGUUCGUAUGCACUUCUGAAAAUCAAUUGGUUCAGUGAGGCUGAAAGAAUGCUGAAAAAAUUGUUUCAAGUGGCGAAUCACAAAGACAACAUGAUGUGGUGGACCAAUCGAGAAGUGAACGGAUCUGAAUCAAGUGACAUCGAAGUGACAAGCUACAUCCUCCUCGCCUUAAUUCAACAAAAAAACGAGGAAAACUUAGCCAAAGCCCACUCAAUCGUCCAAUGGUUAUCCUCAAAACAAGGCCAUCGAGGCAGUUUCAAAUCAACACAAGACACAGUCGUGGCCUUAGACGCCCUAACAAAAUACUCACAAUUUUUCAACCACAAAACUGACAUAAAAAUCAACAUUGUAGCCUUAGACUCAAACCACAAUUUUCGAAUAACUGACACCGAUCGACUCAAAUCCAAGAAAAUUCCCCUCAAAAAUCCCGCAAAUCAAGUGAGAAUUGAGGUUCAAGGUCAAGGAUGUGUCCUAGUUCAAGCUAUAACUUCGUAUAAUGUCAAAGAAUUGAGGAAUGGUGAGGCUUUUAAGCUCGAUAUGGAGGUUUUGCCCGUUUCAAAUAUUGAUCAGUGCUCAAUUACGACCUUGGCACCGUGUUUUAAGUACAAUGGAAUUGACCAAAGGGCCAAUAUGGCGAUCCUGGAGGUCGGUCUUCCCUCGGGAUACCAAGCGGAUCGGACCUCACUCUACAAACUCAUCGACGAAUCAAGUGUGAAAAUGUUUGAAGAAUUGGAGGAAAAAAUCGUUUUGUAUUUGACGAAACUUGGAAAUCGACAAAUGUGUGUCAAUUUUAACAUCAACGAAAAUGCAAUUGUCAAAUCACGUACGAAUUCAACUGUCAAACUUUACGAUUAUUACAAACCAGAGUAUCAAGUGUCACAAUUUUACAAAAUCAAAGACAAUUGCCUGACGAAUAGCACAAUCCCGGACAUUUCGCAGAUUGAAGACAAAAGGAAGAAGUUGUCCUAGAAAACAAAACGGUUUGCGACUUGGCUAUUUUUAACGUGGUAACCAUAGUGAUAACUGUUAAAGCACUGGUAACCAUAGUAAUAGGGAUGUGGUAACCAUGGUAAUGAUUGGAAUUGAGUCGAGUCGCGAACCUUUCAAUGAAUUUAAUUAAGUUUUAACACACAAUAUGUUUAAUUAGGAAAAAAAUUGUCAAAUAAAUGGGAAAGUGUGAAAAG